AGCCGUCUGAUGCGUUCACAUCCCAUCCCUGUGGUGCGAAUCACCAUUUUAGCCUUCUCGGUUGAAUUGAGAGUUUAGGUUCUGAGUUUCUCACUACCCGACCUUCGCAUCAGAGAUCCGUCGCACUUCGUCUCCGGUAUCUUUCGCCUGCUAUGGCACCUGUAAAGGGCCUUCUUUCACUGCAAAGGACUGCAUUAGUUCAACGCUGUAGUCAGAAGUGGGGCUUAAAUGGUAGAUUAUAUAGCGCUCAAGCUGCGUCAACUGCUAAUACCCCACAGUCUCCACCUCCUCCCCCACCACCUGAGAAGACUCACUUUGGUGGCUUGAAAGAUGAGGAUCGCAUAUUCACAAACGUUUACGGAUUGCAUGAUCCUUUUCUUAAAGGUGCCAUGAAACGAGGAGAUUGGUACAGAACAAAGGACCUUGUACUAAAAGGUACUGAUUGGAUUGUCAAUGAAGUUAAAAAAUCAGGACUUCGAGGACGAGGUGGUGCUGGUUUUCCAUCUGGUCUUAAAUGGUCCUUCAUGCCAAAGACUUCUGAUGGCCGCCCUUCAUAUCUAGUUGUCAAUGCUGAUGAAAGUGAACCUGGUACGUGUAAAGAUAGAGAAAUAAUGCGCCAUGAUCCGCACAAAUUGUUGGAAGGCUGUUUGAUUGCAGGAGUGGGAAUGAGAGCUCAAGCUGCAUAUAUUUACAUCAGGGGUGAGUAUGUGAAUGAAAGAAAGAACCUUGAGAAGGCUAGGAAAGAAGCUUAUGAAGCUGGGUUUUUAGGGAAGAAUGCUUGUGGAUCUGGUUAUGAUUUUGAUGUCCAUAUUCAUUUUGGUGCUGGUGCUUAUAUCUGUGGUGAAGAGACAGCUCUUAUAGAAAGCCUUGAGGGGAAGCAAGGCAAACCUAGGUUGAAGCCUCCAUUUCCUGCUAAUGCAGGGCUCUAUGGUUGCCCAACUACUGUAACAAAUGUGGAAACGGUAGCUGUUUCCCCAACCAUUUUAAGGCGUGGACCAGAGUGGUUUGCUAGUUUUGGGAGGAAAAAUAAUUCUGGGACAAAGCUAUUUUGCAUCUCAGGCCAUGUAAACAAGCCAUGCACAGUUGAAGAGGAAAUGAGUAUUCCAUUGAAGGAGCUGAUUGAGAGGCACUGUGGUGGUGUUCGUGGUGGAUGGGACAAUUUACUUGCUAUUAUUCCAGGAGGUUCAUCUGUCCCAUUAAUCCCCAAGCACAUGUGUGAGGAUGUUCUGAUGGACUUUGAUGCACUAAAGGCUGUUCAGUCAGGUUUGGGCACUGCUGCAGUGAUUGUGAUGGAUAAGUCAACUGAUAUUGUAGAUGCAAUUGCAAGGCUAUCUUACUUCUACAAACACGAGAGCUGUGGCCAAUGUACUCCUUGCAGAGAAGGUACACCAUGGCUUUGGAUGCUCAUGGAAAGAAUGAAGGUUGGGAAUGCAAAGCUCGAGGAGAUUGACAUGCUUCAUGAGGUGACAAAACAGAUUGAAGGACAUACAAUUUGUGCAUUAGGUGAUGCUGCUGCAUGGCCUGUUCAGGGUCUUAUUAGGCACUUUAGACCAGAGCUUGAAAGAAGGAUCAGGGAGCGGGCAGACAGGGAGCUACUGCAGGCUGCUGCUAAUUAAUUAACUGUUUCAUUAAGGGAAACACAUUUUCCGCUUUGCACUACAGAAUAAGAUUCCUAAGAACCCAGACCCCAGUGCAAAGGUGCCAUCCUGGGUGCUACUGCUGUCUUCCCAAUGGACAGUGUAUUUUAUCGUUGAGCCUGUAUAGACUUUGACUCAUUGGUGAAUCUAUGGAUUUUUGCUUCUGAUUUUAUGGUGCAUUUUGUUGCUUGUAAUACAACCAGAUGCUGGAGCGCAAUUUAAGUGGCUCUGCCUCAUGCAUUGAUAGUUCUUUCUAUCUUGAAAAUAAUGAACCAACACCUUGGUCCAUCA